AUGCAACCCAACCCGGUGUCCGGAAUAAUCAUUAAUGACCAAGGAGAAAGUGAUGAUGAGGUUGAUUUGUUGCCUGAUUUCUGCCCGCACAAGAAUAAAGUAUUACUGACUGAAUCAUGGACGCGAGGGUUAACCCACGUCGGGCAAUGCUUUGAGGGAGGUGCACACGAAUUUCGUAUGGUUUUGUGCAAGUAUGCCGUGGAGUUUGGGUUCAAUUUCAGGUAUGUUAAGAACGAUUCCGUAUGGGUAACAGCAGUGUGCUCCAUGGUGGAGGAUAAGGGAUGCACGUGGUCUGUACAUGCUCGGGUGUUGAAAGUGAAUCAAUUUUUCUACCUUCGCAAAUGGAACAGUGUGCAUAGUUGCGGUGUAUCCGUCCGGACAUCAAAUCAUCCAAGGGUUGGAUCUGAUAUGGUUGCUGAUAUUAUGGCAGCUCGUGUUCGGGACAGACCACUCACACGUUCAACUGAUGUCGUCUUAGAUUUGAAAGAUGAUUAUGGGUUGGACGUCAACUACCGUAUUGCAUGGUUAGGGGUUGAGAAGGCAAGGGGGGAAUUGUUUGGCGCCCAUUCCGUAUCAUUCGACCAAUUGCGUUGGUAUCGUGAAGCCAUCAUGCAAUACAAUCCUGGGAGUUAUGUUGACAUUGAUUACGAUGAACACAACUACCGGUUCCGCUAUUUUUUUAUUUCGUUCAAAGCAUGCAUUGAUGGGUUUCGUCAUUGUCGUCCAUUACUUUUCCUGGACGGAACCUUCUUGAAAAGCAGGUUCAAAGGGUUUUUGCUAGCUGCCACCGCGAAGGACGGUAAUCAAG